CUGCGCAGCGCGACUAUUUUCGUUCCUGUGAUAGGCGGCGGACAUAUUGUUUAGAUAUCUGACGCAAGCGAAAACGGAUAGUUGAAGAUGCCUUUGAAUGCGGUUGGCUGGACAUCGGAGGAGGACGAACAGCUCGUGGAUUUAGUGCAGCCUCAUAGUUUCUUGUACAACAUUUACGAUCCGUCUCGGAAAAACAUAUUAGCGAGGGAAUCUACAUGGCAGGAAAUAGCGGAGCAACUAUCGAAGCCAGUUGAGGAAUGCAAGAAGCGCUGGAGAGGUCUCCGAGAUGGCUACACCCGCAUCAAACGUCUAGGGACUAUGCAUCGGACCAAGGUCUUCCUUUACGAGAAGCUUCAGUUCCUAGACUCGGUACUGGUGGAAAAUACUGAAGAGACUGUACAAAUGGAGGAGACGCAGGAGGAACAACCGGCUCAGGAUGAGUCGGUUGGCGCUGAGCAGCAGGUUAUUACUGAUAACCAGGAGUAUUAUGAGAUCACUGUUGUCGACGGACCUCAACUACCGCUUAAACCUUUCUUAAAAAUUCUACCAAAAACAGAAACAACAGAAGAACCUCCAAAGAAGAUAUGCAGGAAGAAUGGAGGCAGAAAAAAAGCAAUACCUGUGCCUAAAAAUGUGCCACCUAUAAAAAUAUUACCUAAACCUAUACUCAUGAAAGGGCCAAAAAUAGUAAAUACGAACACAAUCCAGUAUGUUGAAGACACAAAACAACAAGAACAAAGGUCACAAACCAUAGACAAACUCAUAGAAAAAAUAUUAAAAGAAAACACCAAUGAAGUAGAUGUAUUUUUCCGCAGUAUGGCGGCCAGUGUCAAAAAGUUACAGCCUAAUUUAAUACCUAAAGUCAAGAUGGAAGUUUGUAAUGUUAUUGCUAAAUAUGAAAUGCAAAGUUUUGAUAAGAACCUUAAUUUUUAACACCUAUUUAUAAUGGGAGCAUGAAGUAUCCUAAACAUGUGUUUUAUCCUCAAUGGAUUGUUCUUAAUUAUUCGGUUGUUCUGCUAGAGGCUAGAUGUCAACUAUGGAACUGCAAUACUAUAUACUAGUGGCUUCUUAAUGAAGAAUACAUUUUUCUGAAAAUGCUGGCUGAAGUUAUAGUAAUAAAAUGGUCUAUGACCACUAGUCAUGGUAAAACACCCACCAAAUAUGCUAGGUUGUAUGAAAACUUAAUUUUCAAGAUGUUGCCUCAAUAUAAAUCAUGUUUUUCAAUAACUAAGAAACUAUAUAACACCUGGAUAUUAAAAAAUAUAUAUUUUUGAACUUUAAAUCUUCAUACAACCAGCGCCAGUGGCAAUUUUUGUAACUAAAACUUUUUUCUCUUUUACCCAGAAAUAUAAUGAAAAUAUGGAUAUUAUUAUAUUCCGGUCUUGUGAUAAAGACCUAUAGUGUAGUAUAUUACUUUUGACUUACAGAGUAUGUAAAAAAUUGUUAUUAAAUAAUGUUU